CAACAGCCAAAGCAAGAUUGUUGUCAGAUCAUCGGCUCUUAGAAACCAGGACGGAUGGCUUAUCAACAGCUGCUAAGAGACUGGAACAGAGGUGUGCUAGCCCUUGAGAAAGGCAAUCUUGACGCUGCCUUGGACAUCUUUCGUAGCAUCAAGAAUCCUCCUUCCAAAAUAGAUUUCAACAUUGGCUGUCUGUAUCUCCAGCAAGGAAAUCUGGAUCAAGCUCUGGAGGCUUUUAAUCAAGCACUUUCCAAAGACAAUUGCUUGGCCGUGGGCUUCUUCCAAAGAAGUUAUGUUCAUUUUCAGCUGGGCAGGCACGAGGAAGCUUUGAACGAUGGGAAGCUAGCUAUGGGCUUUCUCCGGAACAAUUUCUGCAUCAAUUACAAACAGCUCGGUUUGGCCUUUGUCCUUUGCGCCUCAGAGGUGCUGCAUAAUAUGGCGGCCACCCACUGCCAGCUUGGACGUUGGCACGAAGCACGAGAAACUCUGGAAGAAGCAGCCAGACAAAGGCCCCAAAGACAAAUGGUGGUUGCUUUAAAACAAAUAGAGGAGCAUCUCUUCCUGGAACCCCAGACCGUCCCACCAGGGACAUUUUUCAGGCCUCCCUUGCAAGCUGAAGAGUUGAAAGAGAAGGACUAUCUCGGUCAAUCCAAGGUCAUUUCUUCUGCUCUUGAAGAGGACUCGAGCAUCAACACUUCCCAACUGAAGCUUCAGGUGUGUAGGACAACAUGGGGAAGAAUGAGGUUGGGUGGUUCAUCAAGCAACAGGUGGCCAACUUUUAAGUUCUGCCAAGGCUCCUUUGCUCCUGAGACCAGCAGACGGAGAAGAGCUGAAACAUCUCAAGAUCUUCUGCCCAAACAGGGUUGCCAUUCUUCCAUUCUUGCCAUUCCUUGUGGUGAAGAGAAACAAGUGGAUAGACCCAUACUCUACCGCAUGGUAGGGCAACAUGCUUACACCUCUGAUGCACCAGAAGACCUGAAUUUUAAAGACGGGGAAGUCCUUGAGAUCCUGUCUGAAGUGAACGAGGAAUGGCUGGAAGGCCGAUGCAACGGAAUGACGGGCAUUUUCCCUAAACGCUUCGCGGAGCCUGAAUGUCCUGUGGACACCCGACUUUAGAGGAGGAAGAAAAAGAGUCUCAUUUGCUGACACCCCUCCCCGCCAGCCUCAGUUUCCCUGCUGUUGAGAAGAUAUGACGUUGAGGAGUGGGGUCCUGGGUGCUCUCUGAGCUUGCUUGUUUUGUUGCAGAUGUUUCAUGACCCAACUAGAUAACAUCAGCAGUGCCGGGGGUGGACAGUGGAUUUUCUGUCAUGCCCCUGUCAGAGUCUGAAUCUGAGGAGGAAGACGAACAGCUGACACAGGGAGUGGGAGUUGUGGCUCUGUUGGCUGUGGGGGAAACUUGGGGAAGGGCAAAGUCCAGCUGGGCAGAGCAGGGAAGAGGUAGAACAAGGGAGAGGGUUUUCAGAGGAAGACCCAGGUCCAACCCUUCUUCAUCCUAGGGCACGCAAGGAGGAACAGAAUAGGGUGCAACAUGGGAUGUGUGGCU